AUGUCCAGACCUAAUAAAUCUCAUCUGAGCGUCUUCAGUAAAGCAGACUUCAAAAAGUCACUGUUCCAGAAAAGUCAGGCAUCACUUGCCACAGUAAGCACCAUGGUUAACCUCUCUUCAGAGCUGAGAUGCUUCAAGCAUAGUCCAAGAGUUGGGCAGAAGGAAAGUGCUGACGCAUUACAGAACUGGAAAUUUGAAGCAGAAACCUGGAAGAAGACAUUCGAUGCUAUGGGAGCCCUUCAGCGAAUGAAUUUAACGGAUUUUGUUCCAUUCACUACACUUAACAAAUCCCCCUAUCACUGCUUAUCUGCGUCUCACAAUUACAAGGUCUCCUUUGGCAAGAUCAGUCAAGUGGAAGGCGGGUCGGUCAAAGGCUUCAGCAAAACAAAGGACGUCAAGUCGUCCGCCUGUGGUUGUAUUGAAUCUGCGAUACUGCCAUAUAUUUCUAAACCACUGACGCUAAGAGAAAUAGUUGACAACGUGGCAGGAAAUAAAUCAAGGAAGCUUUCCGUCUACUUACCAAAACCGUGUGUAUUGGUUUGGUGGGACGCUCGCAGGUACAACGCUGACAACGUCUGUGAAUGGCUUCAAAGCUUCGGUCCAUUCCUCUUCACCAUCAAUAAAGGAGCAAAUAAAUUGCUGGUCUGCUUUGAGAGUAUGCAAAGUGCCUACAGAGCCGUAAAUGCUCAAACAAACGCUGGUGUCUGUAUAACAUGGAAUGACGUCCGGCUUUACAACAAUGGCUAUUUUCGCAAGUACCAGGAUUACACUCUUCUCAAAGAUCAGACCUGGAUAAAACACUUCAGCCUGAAGAAGCCGAAAAUGUCAUCAAUGUCUUCACAAUCUCAUGAAAAGCGUUGUAGCAAAGUGGUUAGAAUCUAA